AAUACUCUUCAUAAUCACCGGUGUGAGAACCGCGAAUCCAAGAUCUGAGGAUUGUCGCGUACGUCGCGUAGGUGGGGUUUGAUCAACAAGGCGGUAGUUAGGUAGUUAGAAUCGUUAGAAUGAAUAGAAUAUAUGAGGGGUAGGCCUUCUCGGUCCUUGCACCGCGACCUUUUUUAGGUAGUUAGAAUGAAUAGAAUAUAUGAGGGGUAGGCCUUCUCGGCCCUUGCACCGCGACCUUAGGUCUAUCGUUCUUUAGUUAGGUAGUUAGCACGGUUGGGUGUGAAAACAUAGGAGGAGGAGCGGUGGAAGUAAGGAGUGUAUCUCCAAGUUUAUUACGGUAAGGUUUUGUUAAUAUCUAGGACGUUUUUAGGCAGUGUCUUGUAAAUUUUUAUUUGUCGAGCCUACCGUACGGAUAAUACUGGUGGAAGGGGACCGGAGCAAGAAACUUAUGACGUGCCUGGACGUUCAGUAAAAACAGUAAAAACUAAAAAUACAACAAGGACCUUGAAUUUGGAAAUACUGUGACACAGGAGUUGUAUUAGGUGACAUAUUGGUACACAGUUCAUCAUGGAUGAAUUUAAAAUUGAAUCCAAAUCACUCAACGAUAGUGAGUUAAAGUCACCAAUCAGUGAAGAUGCAAAUGAAAGGAUUUCUGUGGUUAUUCCAGUAGUGAAGUGUGAAGCAGAGAUUGACUUGCAUAUAAUCAAAGGAGAAGCGGACACGGAUGAUGAAAUAUGGCCUGCAUCAUCACCAAAUGAAGAUGCAAAAAAAGAGGAGCAGCCUGCAAUGUUCACGUUUGUUUCAGUAAACAGUAAAGAGGAAGAACCGUGGAAUGUUGCCACAGUCAAGCUAGAGGAAUUGGCUACAGAGGAGCAUAAACUGCAUUUUAAUAGUUACCAGAAAGAGCCGGUUGCAAAGAGGAUUUUAUCAACAGAGUUUGAAGGUAGUGUCAGGAGAAGAGUUCAUACAGACAAUGAGAGUUUAAUUGCAGAUUCCAGAGAGGAGAAGAACUGUAAAGAAAGAGGCUAUAGUGCAGUGACACAGAUAAAACUGUACAAAUGUCAUUUGUGCCACAAACAGUUCCAUCGCCGUCGUAACUUGAUGAUACAUAUACAUACCCAUACUAGGGAAAAGACCUUCAGUUGUGAUGUAUGCAAUAAAGAGUUUACAGAAAAACGAAGCCUAAAGACCCACUUAUUAAUUCAUGCGGGAGAGAGACCGUUCAGGUGUGAGCUAUGUAACAAACAGUUUUCGACAAAUGGAGUGCUGGUAAGACACAGACGAGUGCACACUGGUGAAAAGCCUUAUGCUUGUGACAUAUGUUCAAAAACAUUUUCUCAAAAAAGUUCCCUUACUUGUCACGUUCGCAUUCAUACAGGAGAGAAGCCUUUCAAGUGUGAAGUAUGUGGUAAAGAAUUUUCAAAUAGCUGUAAUGUUGUGAUACAUAGCCGUGCUCACACAGGAGAGAAGCCUUACAAAUGUGAAAUUUGCCUGAAAGUUUUUUCACGAUUUGGAGUUCUGGCAAAGCACAGAAGAUCCCACGUUACAAAUAACGAUUCUAGUUGUGAAUUGCUUAAGCAACAGUACCAAAAUAUGGCAUUGUCCACUUCAUAGCAAAGGAAAAUACUGAAAUUGGCUGUAGACAAAACUGCUGUAUUCAUUGUGCGCAAGACAAAUGGGAAUUGUUCAAAGUGAGUGUGAAAUUUACAUUGCAAGUGGUAAGGAGACAUUUUCUAGAGAUGAUUGUAUCUAAGAGGUUGAUUAAAUAAAUGGAGAGUGGAGGAUGUUAUGUGAUGAAGAACUGUUGAUUUAGAAAGCUUAUUAAUAUUUUUAGGGUAUUAAAACUGGAAUUUAUUGAGCAGACUGAAGGGUAGUGACAAAUUCAAAUAGUUUUUUGGCAUGGGCAACUUCUUAAAAAGAAAACAAAGGACAAAGAAGGGGAUGGCAAGGUAAUGUUAGGUGUGUUAAAGAUGAGGAUUGGGAACAUGUACUGGACCUGCAGCAAGUCGGUUAUUUAAUUCUGUAGGUAUAAUAAUAAGAGAAAUAAAUUAUCAUGCGAUUUAGCAAUUCUGCAGCAACACGCUAUUUCAGAGUCCAUGAAUUGUAUAUUAAUAUAAGUAUGCAGUUGUAUAAUAAUAUGUUUCAUGAGUAUUUAUGCCAGUUUUAAAUUGGUUUUAUGUUUUUAGUAAGGAAAUGAAGUUGUUAUUAUAAGUAUGUACAAGGAAAGCUGUAUGUCCCCACUUCAUAACCUCUUUCAUUUUUUUUUCAAAUGAUGUGUGCAGUAUGUAUAUUUGUUGGUAUGCAGUUAAUGACUUUAAGAGUGACAUGUAUAUUGUCAAAUUAGUACCAAUUUCUGUGUACUAUC